AUGGGACGAAGAAAGAAUCCACACCCAAAACGCGCGGUAAACGCGAGGACGGUUUUAAAGGUGGUGAAGGGUAGGACGGAGGAAGAAGGAGAAGAGGGAGAAGAACCUUUGGUGUUGUGUUCGAGGAUUCCUGAGGAGGAUGAUUUCGAGGCGAAUCAUCAUCAGAUACAAAAAGAAGAAGAAGAAGAAGAAGAGGGAGUAGAAGAAGAAGAAGAAGAGAUAACUGUUAGGAAAGGAGCGAAGAGAAAGAGAGGGCACGAGUGCGAUGUUUGCGAGAAGGUGUUUCGAUAUCCAUCCUACUUGGCCAGACACAUGCGUACUCACACGAACGAGAAACCGUAUGAAUGUGAUGUGUGCGAAGAGCGUUUUCGUGAAUCUCAUCAUUUGAAAGACCACAUGCGUAUUCACACGAAAGAGAAGCCGUACGAAUGUGAUGUGUGCAAGAAGCGUUUUAGUCAUUCUAAUGGUUUAAAAUACCACACGCGCAUUCACACGAACGAGAAACCGUACGAGUGCGAUUUUUGUGAUAGAGCUUUUCGUGAUUCUGGUAGUUUGACAAAGCACAUGCGUAUUCACACGAACGAGAAACCGUACGAGUGUGAUGUGUGCGAGAGGUGUUUUAGUGAAUCUACUGCUUUGAAAACCCACAUGCGUAUUCACACGAACGAGAAACCGUAUGAAUGCGAUGUGUGCGAGAGGUGUUUUAGUGAAUCUGGUAGCUUGAAAAGACACAUGCGUAUUCACACGAACGAGAAACCGUACGAAUGCGAUGUCUGCGAUAAAGCUUUUCGUCAACUCGGUAAUUUGAAAAGGCACAAGCGCACUCAACAUUAG